AUGAGGUCUCUUGUGAGAGACACCUUCAAUUGCCUUGAAACCAUGAUCCAAGACGAGGUUGACUGCGAGAUAAACUCCCCCAACAGUACUAACAGCACCAACAGCAACAACGACAGAUAUGCCUGUCAGCUGUGUGAACCUUACAAAAGAAAAAUGUACUCCUCGAAGGGGGCUUUCCGUCGGCACGUCUCCACUGAACACGCCCCUCGGUCUAGAUUUUUUUGCCCCGUUUGUGGCUGGCAUACCUGCAGGAGGGACAAGGUCUGGGAUCAUUUUAGACAUAGGCACCCACCACCAGCCAGGCUCAGAAAGAACAAUAUCAAGCAUACCAGAUUCAGACCACCGAGAGAAUGUCCACUGUGCAAGAAGUCUGUACAGUCGUGGGAGGCUUACUUUAACUGUGUCUCCGAGCAUUGUCGCAUACACGGUAGCUCCCCAGGAACAAGUGGAGUUCAAAGCAGAAGAAACAGUGGGGACAGUGGGAGUGGUGGGGAUGGAUUCAAUGGCAAUUUCGCUUCUGGGAACCCGUUUAAUGGACAGGGACCCCAAACUCAUUUUCCAAGUGGAGGUGGGGACAAUUCUAAUAAUGGAAGCAACUACUUCUCUGGAUAUGGAUCCUCUUUCUAUGGAAACGGCUACUCAAGGGAGAACAGCUUUGCUCAACAGGUUGAGCAGAGACUACCACACUCCCUUAACUCGGUCCCAGAUAGAGAUGAUGCUUCCCCAGACCCUGUAUUUUUUUCUCAUAAUCCAGAGAAGAAAGGCAGCGAGAUAAACCGUCUCGGACCAAACAGUGUCUCAAGUCACCACCAGCUUCUUGAUGCCACUUUGGAAAGGAACCCGCAGGAUAUUCCACCUAAGGAUAAUUUGGGUCACCACAGUGGGAGAAAAGCACAAAAUCCGAGGGGCUCAUCUCAAACAACAUCUUGCAAUGACAAGAGCCCGCACCAGGCGACAUCGUUCAAAGAGUUGUCCCUCAAGAAGUCUCAAGCACGCCCUGCAUCUGAGCCUCAGAAUCUGCCUCCAGAGAAAUGCAAGUUAUGUGGCCAUCUAAUGACGACUUGCGUGGAAUGCAAGCUUCAGAAGGGUACUGUGGAUAGAUGCCAUUUAUGCACUGGUAAAGCCAGCCAGCAGCACGGAUUGCCCAAGGUCCUGGAAGACUAUGACCAAUACUAUGAUUUUGCGUGCAAUGGCAUGUCAGACCGGAAUCGCUCAGCAUCAAAGAUUGCUUGGGCCUUAGAACAAGUGUCCCAGGCUUUCAAGCCAAAAGGUGAUCCAUGUUCAAUCGAAAUCAGUCGCACAUCCAGAGAUUAUUUGUUCAAUGAGUCAUCUCAGGUGUAUGCACUUCAGGUUUCUGAGCAGUCCAUCUUCAAGGCCACGGGCUCCAGCUAUUCUACAAAGGCUCUCUCAAGUGCCUUGGAGCCUCAUACUACCAGAUCUCGUUUUACAGCGAUGACCCUAGCUGUUCACUCACCGCAGAUCUACAGCAAGAUUGGGCAUUCUGACUCGUCAAAAGGCAUUCACAUUGAACUCUCUGAAGUGCGAUACGACACACAGAAUAUUAUUGGAGAUACCAGUGUUGCGCAUGAGCCUGAUUCACGGAAGGUAGCAGCGUCUGAAUUGACUGCUGAGCAUGCCAUCCCACACCUUGCGAAGACGCCUGAGAGUCUUUGUAUAAUUCAAUCGAAAUCGGUCGGAGGAUUUACCCUUUACCAUGCAUCAUGUGUCGUCAAAGACAGACAGUCUUCUCAGGGCUCGACUCCUUUGACAAAUGCACCCAGUGCGGCCGAAGACCAGCUGACGCGCAAGAGGCGCUCUAAAUUGCGAAGAAAGCUUCAAGUCAUCAUUGGGAUUCUUGUAUUACAAGCAUCUGUCGCCCAUACACUCCCAGUCUCGAAGCAGUUGGAAGAUAGGAACCCGAGGAAUCCUACUGUAGUGUCUGAAGACACUGACCUCAUCGAGGCCAGCAGCGACCUUGACUCAUCCGAUCUCGAUUUCCUGCCCCAGUGGCUCCGGGAAAUGAUCUCCACAUUUUCUGCAGGCCUGAUAGAAAAUGUUGAGUCUUCGAUGUUUACAACACCGGUGUACAAAGCUGAAGAAGAGAUUUGGCCGAAGGUCAAGACGUUUGUAGGAUCUAUGGCGAGCUACCUGGAAACUCCCAUUAGCCCGACAGUGCUCGAACAGCACAUUGCUGAAUAUAGGAAGUUCGGGUGA